AAACUAAAGCACUGUAGUUGCUGGCAGCUUGUUGCAUUUUUAAUUCGGGUUCGCACCCUCUGCACGGCGCUGUUUCUCCCAGCGAGAGCACCGCAGGGCGCAGGAGCGGGGCUCGGCCGGUGACUGCGGGUGGAGUUACCGUGUGUCUGCGCUGGGUCCAGGGGGUUUGGGUGCAAGUUCAGCCGAGUCCGACUACUGGCGGUGACCGCAGCCGCGCUGGGUGCUCCAGGCCUCUCAAGAAAAUGGAAUCAGACUGGGCAGAGAGGACCAUUGUUGUGUCGGGUUUUCCUAAGGACGUUUUUCCCAUCACUGUCAUGAUUGAUAAACUCACCAUUCACUUUUUAAGGCCAAAGAAUGGAGGUGGUGAGGUGGAAAAUGUCGUCUAUCCAACUGAUAUCGCUGGUGUUGCUUAUGUCACAUUUGAAAAGAAAGAAGUUGUGAAUAGCGUCCUGCGACAGGAUCGGCAAGUGUUUGAAGACAAACAGCUCCCAGAGAAAUAUCCAUUGAAAAUUUCACAGAACAAUCUGGAUGUCUUUUCAGCUGUCUCGGUUGACCUGGACUGCUCAAGAUUUGAAAACAGUCUGGAGAUAAGAAGCAUUCUUAGAGAAUUUGAAAGCAACAAUAAAUUCUUACAAUUUUCUAUGAGACAUAAUGGAAGGCUCCAUAUUAUUGGUUCUUUCCCUGCAUUGAAAGAACUUAGGAAGGAACUUCAUAAAAAAAUAAGUGAACUUCAAGGAAUUAAUGUUCAAGAUUCAGCAAUGAAAUCUGGAAUAAGUGACUCAGAAGGGAAGUCUGUAAAGUCGCUACAUAAUCAUGCAACAUGCAUGAUUGAUCCUCAAAGGUUUACAGCACCACCAAGUUAUGGAGACAAGGAUGUGUUGGAUCCUGGUGUAUUCCAGGAGGAAUCGACCAUUAUUCUGGACGCAGAUAUUUUUUUAUACAUUGUUGAGAUUUGUAAAACAACAUACGAAGGCAUACUCAGGAAUCAUCAUGUAACUGCUAAGCCAAUAAACAACAAUAAUAUAAUUUUUCUCCAGCUGUUUGAAACUAGUGAAUCGAGGAAACCAUCUGAGCUAAAACUGGCAAAAUAUGAAAUGCAAAUGUUCAUCAGCCAAAUGCAGAAUCAUUUAGUUAUUGACAGAAUUAGAUUGGAUGGAGACAGACUGAAGGACAAAACAUUAAGGAUAUGUAAAACUAUUAUGCAGCAUUUCAAUGUUCUUGUUCGCUUUGGUGAUGAUUGUGUGACACUUAUAGGCGGCCAAGAUGAUUGCAAAUGGUUCAUGAGACAAGUGGAAGAGACCAUGCAGACAGAUUUCUAUCCAGCAUCUGGUGGAUGCCCAAGUAGUCUAAGGCUAACUGAGGGCAUGCAUCAGUUUGCGCAGAGUAUGGGUUCAGACACUGCACAUACAUUGCAUAUGCCCAGCCCCACUGAGAACACCCUGAAGAGCAACUGUGAUGGAUAUACGAUGAGUCAGAUUGACAGGUGCCCACCUUAUAGCUCAAGUGAUUCACAUGGGAAGCAGGGAAGUUCGCCUGAUUGUGUAGGUGCAUUAGUUAGUGGGCUGUGGUCUUUACCACCUUUACCCCAUGCCAGCUUGAAUGUCACAGAAGAGAGAGAGUCAAAAACAUUUCCAAGGUCUGAUAGACCUCCAAGCCGCAUGCAGUACUGAAUGGAGACAAUCAUUUUUGAUUGGAUAAAUUGCUGGUUAAUUUGGUGUUUGUGGGGGGUACAAUUUUUCUAAAAUACAUUAAAAAAAAAUUCGUUUACAACUGGUAUUUUCUGGGGCAGGUGUCUGCUGGUGCCAAUUCCAGUACGUGUAUUGUAAAAUAAUAUUUGUAUCCAAAAAUGGGUUAGGCAGCUGAAACGUCUGUAACAGAAGCUGUGCUGUUUGUAGACAACUGACAAUCUUACAUCUGCUAUCUCAUGUCCCUUGUAUAAAUGGACCAUUAUCAGGCAUGGAGUUACUGUGAAUGUAUUUUAUCUUAAGUUGCUUAGUGUAUACUGUAUAUAUAAUGGGUACCACUGUAGGGCCUGGACAGACUGAUUUCUGAAUCAUAGUGAGAUUAUAAUAGUAAAAAUAGAAAAUCUUUUGCAAUCUGCACUUUUAACAAAAAGUUGUAAAUAUUGUUUCUAGAUUCAGAGUGCUGGUUAUUAUUUUAAAAUAUUCAUAACCUUUUAUUUUGCUUGCCUUCACAUUUUGUAAUUGGUAAAACUCAAGCAUAGUAGCAAAAGAGUUCUUUUGAUUCAUAAUUUAUUUUUAAGGUUGAAGCUCCUAAAUUGAAGCCAGACCAAUGAGGAUAAUUUGUUAUGAUGUAAGUUUUCUCAUACGGCAGUGUUUGUGCAGCGAUAGGCUUGUAUUUUUAGAAAGGAUAUAUAUAUGUAUAUACGUAUGUAUGAAACUACUUAUGUUUUGAUCAACUUUGUUUGAACAACUUCCCUAAAAAGAAAAAUAAUACUUAUGGCAGAUGGUCAUAUUAAAAGACAUUCAUUAUAAUGCUGGUGGUGUGAAAUGAAGAAUCUGUUUGCAAUCUAAUGUACCUUAAAAAUAUAAUAUAAAGAUUUCCUAAUACUCAGCUUUGUGUGUUUAAUUGUGCCAGAUCAUACAAAAUUAAUAGUAGAUAAAUUGAUAUAUCUAUGAAUAAAUAACAAUUGUGCACUUGUUAUAAUGUCCAAAUAUAUGUCUAGAAACCACUACUAGCAAAUAUAGGAGUCAUUUGGUAAAUUUAAAGAUGGCAUAACUAUCAGACUGAGUGAGAAUGUGAAAAUGCUCCCGUAAGAUCAGUGGUUGUCUUUUUAUUGUGGUGUUUAACAUGUGUUUGGUAACCUCUCCCUCAACUAUUUUGCUUAGUUUCUGGAUGUCAAGGUACCCUGGAAUAAUUAGUAUCCAGCACCAUGCAACCAUGGCCCUAGAAAUGAUGAUUAGUUCAAAUCAAUUCGUCUCCUUUAGUGCCAUUAAUCUUGU